AUGGCGCUGCUGACUCGAAGCUUGCGUCGUGACUCGCUUCUGUGCACCGGCCGCAAGUUCCCGUGGAAUUCUCCAAGUCACCGAGAGCUGCGCAAUUACCCGAUCAAAGUAUUGUGUCGUAACCAAAAGUUCAUUCGCAAAGCUGCGGGAAGUUACUACGAAGUGGAGCGCGAGUACAACUUGGGAAUCGUGCUCAAGCCAUCAGAGGUCAAGUCGCUUCGAGAUCACAACGCGGAUCUGUCGACUGCUUUCGGCGCUUUCUACAAGCACGAACUUUAUUUACAUGAUAUGAACAUUCCAGUGUGGCGUCAGGGACUUAUUGGGCGGCCAGAGCCGACAAGGGAGCGCAAAUUGCUGGCAAACCGGGCGGAACUGAACAAAUUGGAAGAUUUUGCGAACCGUCCGAAUGCACAAUUGAUUCCCAUGCGUGUUGAAGUCGGUAUUACCGGGUGGAUCAAGGUCAUUCUGGCUGCGUGUUUCAAGCGAGGCCAAGUCGACAAUCGCAGACGCGACGACCAAAGAGAGAUCAAACGCCAGCUCCGCGACUGGUAG